AUGGCUACUCUCGGCGCAUAUCAGAAGAAGCACAAGGUCGCCAUUGUCGGCUCUGGCAACUGGGGCACUACCAUCGCCAAGGUUGUCGCAGAGAACACCCAAGCCAACAGCGAUCUGUUCGAGCAGGAUGUCCAGAUGUGGGUCUUUGAAGAGGAGGUGCCCGUCCCCAAGGAAUCAAAACACUACAAGGGCGAUGACAAGCCGCAAAAGUUGACCCACAUCAUCAACGACAUACACGAGAACGUCAAGUACCUGCCGAAUGUCGCCCUCCCCAAGAACAUCAUCGCCAACGCCUCGCUCGAAGACACGGUCAAGGACGCCAGCAUCCUCAUCUUCAACCUGCCUCACCAGUUCAUCGAGAAGACAUGCAACACGUUGCAGGGCAAGAUCCUGCCUUAUGCUCGUGGUAUCUCUUGCAUCAAAGGUGUAGAAGUCAACGACAAUGGCAUUGAGCUCUUUUCUGAGUGGAUUGGCCGCAAGUUAAAUAUCUACUGUGGCGCCUUGUCGGGAGCAAACAUUGCUACCGAGGUUGCUCUCGAGAAGUUUUCCGAAACCACCGUCGCAUAUGACCCCCCUACCAUGGACAGCCAGCAGCCUACCCCCAGGGGCUCCCCUCGCGCUUCCGAGAUUGAUCUCUCCCAGCUCAGCGGCAAGCAAGACCAGCAUCAGAAGAUCAAGCUCUACCCCCUGCCUAGCGAGUAUCCUCCCCUCAGUCACGACAACGUCAAGAAGAUUUUCCAUCGCCCUUACUUCCACGUCCGCAUGGUCUCAGACGUCGCCGGCGUGUCACUUGGUGGUGCGCUCAAGAACAUUGUCGCUCUGGGUGCUGGUUUCGUUGAUGGCUUGGGCUGGGGAGAUAAUGCAAAGGCUGCCGUCAUGCGUGUCGGUAUCUUGGAACAGGUCAAGUUUGGCAAGAUGUUCUUUGCCGACUCUGUCCGAACAGAGACUUUCACCGAGGAGAGUUGCGGUGUUGCAGAUCUGAUCACCAGCUGCAGCGGUGGUCGCAACUUCCGCUGUGCGAAGAUGAGUGUCGAGCGUGGCAUGACCAUCAACGAAGUCGAGGAGCAAGAACUCAACGGCCAAAAGCUGCAGGGAACCAGCACUGCUGCCGAUGUCAACAACUUCCUGAAGAAGCAGGGUCUUGAGGACGAGUUCCCUCUGUUCACUGCCAUCUACAAUAUUCUUGAAGGCAAAGACAAGGCCGAGAACAUUCCCGAGCGCAUUGAAUCCAAAAAGUACCCAUGA